AUGAACUUGACGGUGCCGGAGGACAGCUUGGAAGAAGUGCUGGACUUCCUCAAGAACGCCAUCUUGGACGCCAUGUCGGCAGAAAACACGCGCCAGUCGGGAGCUCGCUCCAGCAGCCACCCCGAGGACGCUGCCGAACGCGCCUCCGGGGGUCCCGAAGCCGAAGGCACCGACGGCGAGAUGAGCCUCCCUGCCCUGCUGCGCAUGCUCGAGGAAGAGCUGGUCACUGACGCUGAAGACCUGUACCGCGUCCUGCCCGAGAACGUCAUGGCGCGCUGCGAGCGUCAGUCACUCAGGUGGCUUGACGCUCACUGGGUGCCGGCCGUUUCAGCGCCCCUGGCGGUUCGGGCGGCGCAGAGAAGCCUGCUGGAUCGUCUCAGGGCCUUCCUCGUCCGGGCCAAUAGCCUCUGCGCCAGGGAGACCCGCCGCAGCCGUCAGCGCCUGGCGAGACGCGUCGCCUUCUGGUCCGCUGACCGACAAGCCAGGGGCCUGGCACCCAGCUCGAGGUCAUGCCUACUGAUAUAUGAGCGACUCCAAGCAGAACUGCAGACCACACUGGACACAGAAGAGCAGCAGCUGAGGAAGAGGCUGGAAAAUAGUUUGCGGGAGUUGCAGGAUAUCACGCGAAAAGAACUUGAGGAGGCAAUGCGAACGAGAUUGUAG